CUUUUUACCAUAUGCUGUUUUCACAUUUGUGAAACCCACACACGGAUUCAUUCGUUACCUGGUGACUCAAGUGGCGGCUAUCGAGCAAGAUUUCUGAACCUCAGAUGGAGCGGCUUAUAAGUAGAGACGAAAUAUUCAGAUUAAUCUGCCCUUAGCGACUACGAGACGCCCGAGCCUACAAUGGAAUACAUCAUUCGUUUCUCUCAGUCUCACGAGAGUUUCCGUUUACCAGAAAUUCAGUCGCUCGCUAUUGUUGAAGGUCUUGAUCUAGAAGUUAUUUCCUAUAGCGACGAGUCGCCUUUCUGCAUAGUCCGGUUAGAGUCUGAAGAUGCUGCAAAAGCUCUCCUAAGGCGCUCCGUGUUGGCGCAGACUAUCCAUGAGCAUUGGGGUACUGCCGAGACAUAUGACGAACUACACGCCGCCGUCAAGCGUGAUACUGCUCACUUAUGGCCUAAAUAUAAAGAUGUCUCGUUUAAGAUUAACAUAGACGCUUACCAAGGCUCCCGGUCGGAUAAGAAUAAAUUGGCACUCAUAAAUACCUUUGCCUAUCUUCCUUUUGAAGGAUUAAUUCUUCUAAAGUCUCCAAACCAGGAAUUUACUAUAUUCGAACAGUGGGAAUUUGAUUCCGUACCGCGUAACCUACCUAACCCCUUAAAGAUACACUUCGGCCGUCUCGUAGGUCAUAGCGUGCGCGAGUUGAUCAAAACCUACGACCUCAAAAAGCGAGGAUAUAUCAGCACGACCUCUAUGGACUCGGAAUUAGCUUUAGUUACGGCCAACAUUUCCCUUGCCGCGCCAGGGAAGAUCUUCUACGACCCCUUUGUCGGGACUGGAAGCUUUCCCAUAGCAUGUGCGCAUUUUGGCGCCCUCGGCCUAGGAAGCGACAUCGACGGCCGUAGCGUCAGGGGCGAAGGUGGGAAGAAGAGCUUAAAAGGUAAUUUUAAGCAGUACGGGCUGGAAAGUCUGCUUGGCGGCGUUUUUGUUAGCGACUUGACCAACAGCCCCGUACGAAGAGCGCGGAUACUCGACGGCAUCGUCUGUGAUCCGCCGUACGGCGUGAGAGAGGGAUUAAAAGUUCUCGGGUGUAGAGACCCGGAGAAGGACGCCUGGCUCGUGGAGAAGGGAAAGCGGUCGUACCAAAAACCGACAUUUGUCCCUCCGAAGAGACCAUACAGUUUUACAGCUAUGUUAGAUGACAUAUUGGAUUUUGCCUCGGAUACUCUAGUGGAUAACGGUCGUCUGUCUUUCUGGAUGCCGUCGGCUAAUGACGAAGAGCAAGAAAUCCCUAUACCAACGCACCCGUGCCUAAGCGUCGUGGUCGUCUGCUCGCAGGUGUUCAAUAAAUGGUCACGAAGGCUAAUUACUUACCGCCGUCUACCGGAUUCGGAUGUUGACGUGGCUGCGUUGGCGCAAAGGAAGCGGGAAGAACAGGUGAAGGGCCGUACUGCAGAUGACUUAAAUUCGUUCCGCCGAGCGUAUUUUAGGGGGUUCAAACCAGAGGAAGCGAACGCAGAUGUCGUGGGUGGGUGAUUAAUAGAGGGAUCCUAUUUCGAUGAUCUUCUCAUACCUCCUUUUCAAUAGGAGGGAAAGUGGGUACUUACUAUGCUGGGGAUUGGCACCAAGCUGACGAGAUGAAUCCUUUGAGUGCGACGUGAUCCUAAAGCUGAUUGCGGGGAUUAAGUACGCGCAGUUGAGGUUCAAGAUGAAGUCUAACAAAAUAUCAGAUAACCUCAUUCGAAAAUCGUCAUCUUGGUAUAUUUUGUAUCGCUAUAAGAAAGGGAAGGUUAGGAUUGAUAAAUAGCGCUAAUCGUAGCCGCAACCCCUAUUCCCAAAUAAUUUCCAUAUUUAGGCGUGUAUAGCUACGUACUUAGGUACAUACCUUUCCGACUCUUAGGUAUAGUAAUAUUCAGCUCUGAACGUAACAAUAAAA